CCGUGGAAGAAGACCGAGCGGGAGGGACAGAGAAAAGGAGAAGGGAGGAGAAGAGAGGAGAGAGAACGAGGAGGGAGGAGAAAGGUGCGCCCCUCGACGGGGCACUCGCGAGGAAAGGAGAACGGAGGGAGGAGGGAGGACGAGAGCUUACUGUAAGCGGCGUUCAAGGCAAGGACGAACGAAGAACAGGCUGGACCACGAGGAGCAAGAGAGUCGAAGCAACGAGAUGGAAGAUCAAGGCCUGAGGGCGCCUACGUUAUAGGAAUUUCUCUUGGUGGUGUCAGGAGAAGAAUUGCUGGCAAUCAUCAUGGUGUUUUCCCGUUUCCGGCAGCCUGGCUGCGGGCCUCCCUCCAAGUGUUGGCGCUGGAUCGGCAUCCUUGCUGUGGUGCUUUUCUUCGGUCAAUCUGUCUGGCAAGCUUUUCGCUAUGGCCGACUUGUUGGACAGAAGGAGAUGGGGGGCAUAUACCCCUCUGGUAAUUACCAAUUUCGCUAUGGCCAACUUGGUGAACAUAAGGAGCCGGGGGCCGUAUACCGCGCCGGGAAUAAUACAUCCCCUGUAACACCGAUUCAAAACAAUGCCAUACCAAACAACGGCUGCGACGAAGAACACUAUAUAUGUUUGAAGAAAGGUCAUGAGUUCGAAUCGGUGCUAAACGGGCACCCAUCUGCGUACAAUCGCGAGGAGACGUUGGAAGCAGUGGCAAGAGACGAUGUUGAACGGCGAGGGAUUCAGGCGCGGGGCGAUCCUUGGGAUGCAGGGGGCAAAAAUCUCCCCCACACUCUCAACACUUGGGAGCCUUUUUACCAUUGCCCUUUCGAGGAGCGUGUGGGUCCGUUCGGCGACGGCGGGAAGUGGAUGUGCAGGGUCCGUGAUUACGCGGGCCCGGCGUGUGUCGCCUACUCUUUUGGAUGCAAUGGUGACGUAAGGUGGGAGCGCGAUCUUGUCCGCAUCACUGGCUGCGACGUGCACAUUUACGACCCUACCCCUUGGGUGGUCAGCACGAUGACGUACGCACCCCGAGAAACCGAGGAGCAAACCAAAACGCUCGCGGCCUCGCCGCGGUUUCCUUAUCGCAUGCCUUACGGGGUUAAGUAUCACGGUUGGGGGUUGUUCGAGUCCUCCAACGAGCUGGCAAGGUCUGUGGUCAAGCGCCUGAAUCCGACUGCGGAUGGGGGAACCUUGGGUGAGAUUGUCAACAAAACCGGUGGCCCUGUUCCGCAGAUCGUCAAGGUCGACAUCGAAGGGUCCGAGUGGUUUCUUAACUUCACCGCAGAUGCCGCCACGUGGCAGCAAGUGCAUAUGUUCAUGGUUGAGAUCCACUUGAAAGAUGUUGGGGCUGGAUUUUACAAGGGCAGUCUCUCCGAGUGGGAAUACGUCCGUGACUGGAUCCAUCAGAUCGAAGGCCUUGACUUUAGAAUGUACCACAAGGAAGUGAACGUCUAUCAGGGCGACGGCAGCUGCUGGGAGAUUGCCUUCGUGAACAUGCGCUUCUUUUGAGAUCCGGAGGGCAUGUGCACGCUCUCACACUACCGGGAGCAGGACAACUUUUUUUCUUCUUUUCUCUGGCUGCAUCCGCCCGCGUUUGUCAGCCGCAUGCGUGCGUCGAAGAAAACUACCACAAGGAAGUGAACGUCUAUCAGGGCGACGGCAGCUGCUGGGAGCUUGCCUUCGUGAACGGAGGGCGUGUGUGCGCUCUCACACUACCGGGAAUAGGAGGAGUUUUUUUCUUCUUUCUCUGGCUGCAUCCGUCCGUGUUUGUCAGCCGCAUGCAUGCGUCGAAGAAAACUACCACAAGGAAGUGAACGUCUAUCAGGGCGAUGGCAGCUGCUGGGAGCUUGCCUUCCUGAACAUGUGCUUCUUUUGAGAUCCGGAGGGCGUGUGCGCGCUCUCACACUACCGGGAAUAGGAUGGCUUUUUUUCUUCUUUUCUCUGGCUGCAUCCGUGUGCAUUUGUCAGCCGCAUGCAUUCAAGCGUCGAAGAAAAGUAAGAAAAAGCAUCUACAAGUUCUACAACCUACCGAGGUAUACCUUGCUCGCUGUGUUGUUGUUAUUUCAAGGAAUGUUUUAUUUUCGAUUCUGUGCAGAGGGAGCUUGCAUCUGUGAGCUUGCACCUUGGUUGACAUCUCAGGGGUGGGCUUUUUUUUUUUUUUUUUUUUUUUUUUUUUUUUUUNUUUUUUUUUUUUUUUUUUUUUUUUUUUUUUUUUUGAAGCCUAGGAGUGAUGGUAGGUAGGUAGUGAAGGUGAAAGAAUUUGAAAGAUGAUAAAAAAUUUGAGAGAAGAAUAUAUUAGCAUAGUUGAAAAGAAAAGAAAAGAAAAGAGAAGAAAAAAAGGGUGAAACUUAUUUUUUAUUUAAAUUUGGUAAAGAAUUUCGAUGUGACCUUGAGGCAAAAGUUUGGUCAGUUUAUUUUUCUGCAUAACGUAGUUUUUUUCGGGUUUUUUUCAAGUUUUUUUUUUCUGGGAACAUAGUAUUUUUUCAGAUUUUUUCAUUUUUUUUCUGGGGAAGGUCAGCCUCGAUACAGUGGGUGGGUUUCCUGCUGCAGCAUGUCAGUUUAGGAAACAGCCGACGCAUGCAAGGACCUGCAUGCAAUUUUGCGGCUAAGCUUAGGAGGGUACCCUUGUGCGCUCGAUCUGUAUGCCCUUACAGGGUGGGAAAGUGAUUUCAGCGGCUGCAUUAUCGCAGCAUUCGUGGGCAUCUUUCAGUCUAGGUACAGCGAUAAAUAAUCACCGUGCACGUGCCGUCUUUACCCGAAUAAAACGCACAGCAUUAUCGCAGUAUUGUGGGCAACUUUCCGUCUAGGUACAGCGAUAAACAAUCGCCGUACAUUCUAUUCAGGUGAACGAGGUAGUUCAGUUUCUGGCUGCAAACUCUGCGAGCUGAGGACAAAGUACACAAGACAAAAAGGAAAGAAAAAAAGGCAGCCAGCCUCUGCCCUGCCCUUGGAAAGGAGGAGUAGAGGGCUGACCAUUUUGGUGGCCAUUGUUUGCAGUUUUCACAGUAUUGCAAAGCAUAAGGUCCCCGGCAAGGUUGGAUAAAGGGCCUGCGUCCGCUGGAAAAGCGCUCAGCCCGGUUGUGACUGUCUGCGUGCGCCCAAAGAGAAGGCAGGCCCUGAAAGUUGUCGCUGCCUCCAGAAUUAAGGGCUGCAUGGGUUGGUUGAGGGUAUGGUUGGUUGCUGCAUCCAGCAUUCGAUCGAUAUAAUACCCGAUCGGUCGCAGAAGACAGGGCCCGCACAUAUGCUGAG